UGAGGUUGUGUUCGCGCUCUCUCCCGCUCUCGUUGACUCGCACUCGGUCUGUCGCGCUCUCUCUCAAAACGGCGGUUGAUUAAAGAUAAAAAAUAAUCGUGGAAGGAAUAUUUUGCUAUCGUUAUCGUUAUCUUUGUAGCUUUUACGAUCUUUUAAGAAUUAUUAUUAUUGUUUAAGUGUUUUCUGAGCUGAGUGAUCAUCAUGACACUGACUAGUGAUGGUUGAAUUUUCUUGACAGAGUUGCUAUGUUAUCUGAUUCAAAAUGAUUUAAGAAGAAAUCAUCGUAAUAAAACAAAUGGUGUGAUACAUUUACUUUUCAAAAAGAAGAUUGAGGAAAUGGAAAACCCGUCUUUAUAAUAAUUCGUAAUUGGCAAUACCCAAAACUUUAAAAAGGACACAGAAAAAAGUGAUGGAAAAUAAAUAAUGACACUGAAAUAUCUAUAAUGUUUAACUCUAUCUCGAAAUCUAACUUUUAGUCAAUAAUAUUUCGAAGACGGUGAGUGGAGAAGAAUUCCCAUUCGAUGCUCAAAUAGAUAAAGAGAGAGAAAGUGAGAGAGAGACAAGAGAAAGAAAGAAAGAAAAAAAAAAACAGAGAGAGAUAAAAGAGAGAAUAACAAAAAAAAUAAUUUAUAAUUAAAAAACACUAGUUAUCAUGAUCUGCAACAUGCCUUGGCCCUGUUGCAAGAACACUUAGAAAAAAAUAAAAUAAAAUAGACUCUCGUGUUGGACGUAGGAAUCCCCACCCCCUACACGCACGCACGCACACGCACGCACGCACACGCACACGAGGUUGUCAUGUGGACUCUUCGUGGCUGCCUAGUGCUCGCUCUCGCAGGAUGCGUCGCGGGCGUGGGCGUGUCGACGACGCCCGCAGGCCCCGUGCUGGUGGAACCUCCCGCGGGCGUGGUCACCUUCACCAACACCUCGGGCGUGGUGCUCAACUGCCUGGCGAAGGGAGACCCGCCGCCGCAGAUCGCCUGGUUCCACCUCAACCACUCGCCCGUCACCAAUGUCCCGGGCGUCAGGGAGGUCUUGGGCAACGGGUCCCUCGUGAUCUGGCCCUUCAGUGGCACCGAAUACCGGCAGGAUGUCCACGCUGCCGUCUACCAGUGCCGGGCCUCCAAUCCUACGGGCGUCGUGUUAGCUCCACCCACGACCCUCAGAGCAGUGGUGGUACAGGAGUUCGAAGUCCGGGUGUAUGACGAGUACGUAAUCAGCGGAAAUACGGCCGUACUUCGCUGCGUCGUGCCCUCGUUCGUGCGGGACCUGGUGACCGUCACGGCGUGGGUGAGGGACCACGCGUACCACAUCUACCCCUCGGCGCAUGGCGACGGCAAAUACCAGGCCCUCCUCGACGGUCGCCUCCUCGUGCACAAAGUGGAAGCAGCUGACUCCUAUGCUACUUACCGAUGCCGAGUCUUACACACGCUCACCGCCACCACAGCCGCUUCUAACACGGCCAGGAUCAUUGUCCAUGAUCCCCGCGAGAGACAGAUACCAAGGAUGGUAACCAAGUCGACGACACUUCAGAUAUCAGAUACCAAGCCCUUGGUACUGCCCUGUGUCGCCCAUGCCCACCCGCCUCCGGAGUACAGGUGGUGGCAAGUUAGAGGAGAUGAGAAACUUCCCCUCAUGACGUCAUCCAACUCCAUGGGCGUGCCAAUAGGAGGAGGAGGCGGAGACGGGGGCGGAGCACAGGGAUGGGGGCGGGGCGGAGUGGUGGUCCUCGAUCCAACACGUUUGGAACUUGUUGACGAGUCGACGACGCUGGUUUGCCAAGCUUCCAACGAGGCCGGGAGAACGACUAUGGAAGUGCGAAUCGAGCGCAGUGCCAAAGUAACGGCACACCUCUCACCCCGAGUGCUGGUGGUGGACGCCGGCGCAGUUGGCACUCUGCGAUGCCAGGUGCCAGGAUCACACCCUCACUCUAUAUCCUGGUACAAAGACGGACAUGUACUCACGCCAGGAGGCAGGAUUGCUAUUACAGACGGAGGAUCGACCCUGGAGGUACGGGGCGUAGGGCGCGGCGAUUCGGGGAUGUACCAGUGCUUCGUUAGAGGCUCCAAGGAAACGGUACAAGAUGCUUCGGAACUUCGGCUUGGCGAGGCUACGUGCACGGCACACACACUGCGCAUUAGCAGCGAGGGCAUUAAAGGAGGCCCGGAUAAAGGGCGCACAAGGGAGAGCUUCCUCUAUGUCAUCCGAGUAAAUUGUUUGACUAAAUGUGUGAAACUGUUUCCCGACGUGUAG